UCAGUUAUUCGUCAACCCGGAAGAAAACAGAAAUAACUAAAAAUGAUGGCCUAGAUGUAAUGUUCUGUGAUAAAUUGUUUGGAACAGGAAAUGGAAUUGAUAUGAACGGUAUGCCAGAAAAUUCGGGACUUACAGUCGACUGGAAGAGUCGUCUGCAAAUUCAUGGAACAUUGUUGAAAAGAUCAGCACAGUCAAAAUGGCUAAGAAGGCUGUUUAUUGUGCGGGAUGGCUGGCUGCUGUACUAUCCAGAGACAGAACGAAAGGACAUGAUUCGCAGGAAUUUCUUUAACAUUCACCCCAAGGCAGCCGUUCCGCUGGGGGAGUGUGUGAUCUCACCAAGCAACGAGCAGGGACAAAACUUUGCUUUUACCAUCUUGUCAGAUGAUAUUGAGGGUGGGCUCACAUUGGCAGCUGAGAGUGAGUUUGAGAGAGAAAAAUGGCUAGCAGUUCUGGAAAAAUCCAAACGAAUCACAUGGGCAAAUCAGCAGCUUUCCAAUGACAUGAUUCGGCAGCUAGAGGAACAUGGUCAAGUGAUGGCCAAACAACGACAGGACUACUUUGACCGUCUACAGUCUGAAGUACAGGAGCUGGCUGGUGAGAAGGAGAGGACCUGGGAGUUGGAGCGUCUGAACGAGGAGCUGGAGAAGGAGAAGGAGAGGAUGGAGGCAUUCAAUGUUGAGAUGAGGGACGAGUAUGAAAAGGUCAAAGGCGAGUUGGAGGAAAUGGUGGGAUUGAUGCGGACCCUGGACACAGAACACACUGAACUUCUACAGCAGCUUGAUACACAGGAGUCUGAUCUUGAGGGUCUUGCUAAAGAGAAAGAAAAUAUAAUGGCCACCCUGAAGCAUGCAGAGACCGUGACAGAGCAGCUAUCCCAGGAGAAGAGAGAGACAGAGGAGAAAAUGAGGAGCAAACUUGCCUUCAUAGAACAGCAGACCUCACACUUGCUACAGGAAAAGGCAGAGGCUGAGAUGAGACUGGAGAAUAACAAGCAGCAUGCUAAGGAGCUAGAACAAGAGAAGGAAAUGUACAACGAACAAGCUCAGGAACUACAGGCCACCAUCAAGGACCUCAAGGUACAAAAAGAGAUGACAGAAGCUGAGCUUAAGGAUGAGAUUCUCGCACGUUUGGAAGCAGAGCGGCGGCUGCGAGAGGCAGAGAGCUCACUCCACCAUCUCGGCCGUGCUGUUGAGAAUGAGACCCCCAAUAUAGGUUCAGAGGUCAAGGAACAGAUGGUCGUCAAUGUCAACAAACUCAGAGGGUUUUUUGAGAACCUGGCCCAGGAGGCAAAGGUUGAUCCUGACAAGCCGGUAGUGAUGAAGAACGCCAUCCAUGCUCGUAAAACUAUCAUGCGCAAAAAUAGGACAAGAAAGUUUGAGCGCAGAAAAUCCAGCAGUAUGCGAGCGAAGUCGAUGAACAUGGACGAUGUGGACCUUCGUGGCGGGACGAGAACAAGUCCACGUCGUGCCCAGUCUACAUUUGUUCGCAGCGGGUCACGAGAUGAUGGAGAUGACACCUCUGCCCCGACUCUCGCUCCCCUGCCUACCCUCACUGAAACCCUUACAGAACACUUUUGAAACCCCACUCCUGCUCUCAAUGACCAACACAUAAGAAAAUGUUUUAACUAAAUGUCUUAUUCAUGUCAAAUUUAUAAUUGCCAGUGUUCAGCUUUAUUUAAUUCAAUGCACAUCUUCUAUUAAUCACCAUUGAAUGAACGGAUUUAGUAAUUGUACGUAGUUUAGCUUCUUUCAUGCUCUACCACAGCACUACUCAAUAAUCAGACUGUGAUUUUGAAUUAUUGAAAUUAAAUGCCUAUUUCCAGGACUGCUUAUGAUUUUAUGCCAGAUUUUUGAUACUGCAUUAAUUCUAGCAUAUCAGGUAAUCAAGAAAUGUAGUGAAGUUAUUAAAUGUUUUAAUUUAUAUUUAAAUUCAAUUAGUACAAAGUGUUGAACUUCUUAAACAGACUGAACAAUGAUUGAUGUUGAUUAUUAAAACCUGCACAAUGUAUUGACUAGACAUAUUGCCUGUAGUCAGUCAAUAUAUUUGCAAAAAACUGUUAUAUAAAAGUACAUGUAUAUCAUGUCAUUGCAAUCAUCAUCAGGUAUAUUUUUGUACUGAACUACUUGGAGUUCUCGCUUGUUUUUACAGUGUGAUCAUAUGAUGUGGCAUCGAAGCUGAAUUCAAUUGUGUUUGUUGUCUGGUCCUAAAUCGUCUGCAUAAUCUCCAUGUGCUGGGCACAUGAUUUCUGUCUUCUACGUCAGGUGGUUUAUGACACUCCCUAUAGUGGUACGACAUGCAAGUUAGUGCAUAUACCCAUGUCAAUUAUCGAUUUAAUUGGAAAUUAAGGUCAUGAAAGAAGACCCUGAUCAAAGAUAUAGAUAGGCGAAGCCAUUGAAUACCAAUUCAGAAUUUUGCAAACUGUGAAAACACCCAAGAAGGUGCGUAUAUUUAGUAAAAAAAAUCAAUGUAAUUGAUUUAAUAUUUCAUUAAAGAAAAAAAUUGAAUACUGACACUCAACACGCACAUCAUGUAAACCUGGAGACUUUCAUGAAUAGCACACGUUACAGCACGUGUUUCUGUCAUUUGAUUCAUAAAAAACAAUGAAUUGAUUUGGUUCAUUUUUUGUUAAUGGCAGAUAUAAUAUAUUAACAAAGCAAUAAUAGUAUGAUUUACAGUGAGUUUGGUAUUUAUAUAUACCACUGUAUACUGCAACCUCUGUAAAGAAUAUACUAUGUUCUUAAUUAAGGCAAUUGAAAAAUUUAAUUAAGGGUGUAUAUUUUGUGGAAUCUUGAUUUCGUGGAUCACCCAACCCAUGAAAACCAUGAACCUUAAUGUCCCACAAACAUUAAUGAUUUCACAGUAUAUAGUGACAAAGAAUACUGGUUUGUGUUAAAAACAACAAAAUAUUAAACAUAUACAUGAUAAAUCAAAUAUCACAAUUGGGGUCAAAACACAGUAUUUACUAAACAUGUAUAUACUAACUUAAAAUGAUAAACAUGAGGAUUAAGUUGUGUUGUUGUUUUUUUUUUCAAUUUAAAAAGACUGUUCAAGACUUGAUCUUCAGUGACCAUUUCCAGAAUAUCCUCUUUUUAUAGGAUAGGUUUAAAAAAUGUGUUUUUUUUCGGUAUUGAAUUAAAUCUUACUUUUAAGUAAUAGACAGACGGACAAGUUUAUUAUUGUGAACAUGUAUAACUUAGUUUUGACAAAAUACAAUAUGUAUCAUUAUUUGUAAUAUUAACAUUGUCACAAUGAUAGAUGGUUUUAUCAUAGUUAUCGGAUCAAUUUUGUUGUUUUGAUUUUUAAAAACUUGUAUGUGAUUUGAUAUGGACCAACUUGUUAUAAGGAAACUUGAUGUUUCUUGUACAUAUUAAUACAGGUUGUUAUAAUGUUUGAAAUUUUUUUCUUGAAUCUUUAAAAAAUUCCCUUUGUUUGCAAUUUUAGAUCAUUUUCUUUUGACCAUUAGAAUUAGAAUAAUAUAACUUAGGUUAUUAGUAUUCAUGAUAAGUUAAACUUUCUCUAAGAUGGUUUUCUUUGAUUGCAUUUUCAUAAUAAAGGGUAGAUCUGUUAAAAAUAGUUUCAAUUUUUUUCUAUAACAUUUUUGUAUUUCUUUCUAUAACAUUUUUGUUUUCUGAUUUAUUUUCGAGCAUCAUUUCAUUAAGUAGCGUUUUAAGAGUUCUGGAAGAGUGCUGCACCCUGCCCUUUUUGGGUAGCGCACAUCUGCCCUUAGGGGGACCAGUAUGGACACCCUUUUGCAUAAGAGAAUUAACUGUUUAGAAUAAUCAAAUUGUUCUUUUGUUUUGAUUAAACUUAUGAUAAUAAAUACAUGCAAACAUAAUACAUAUAUAUAUAUAUAUGGCAUAUAAAGCUUGAACCUACUUCGAUUAAACACAGAUCCUAAUACUUCAUGUCAAAAUCACUAUAUCUAAAUUCUUCACAUCCCCAUACAACGUGCCAUUGUCUCCCUUGGCACCCUGUCCCUCUUGUGCAGCACCCUGCCCAUGUUAAAACCUGCCUUAAAUGCUUCAUUUAAGUUAACUACACAGUUACAUAGCUAAACUGUCAUUGUUUUUUCAUAAUUGCACUUAUGAAUGAUUUUAUUAUUUUGUUUAUGUUUUAGAGUUUAUUUUUUUAACAAGCAUCUCUAAUAGUGCCAUGUACAGUAUAUAUUGCAAGAUAAUUAUGUUUGUAUGAUACACAUGUAUUAUGUUCAUGUGAAUUAUUCCUGAUUUUGUCUCAGCUUUUUUGUUUUAAUGAUAUCAGCAUUUUCUACUUAUAUACAUGUAGUAUACCAGUGUUUUGUUUCUGACAUAUCCCUGUUUUAUUUUGUGUUUACCCUGAUUGUCCUCAUUAAAAUACUUACUGAACAUUUUAUAUGGUCAAAUGACUGACUUUCAAAAUAUGUGAUGCUAAAUACAGUCUUAUGUUCUUUUUUAUGCACGCACAGGGCAUCUUUGAGAUUAGCUGUUUUCCUUUUAAAAAAUGCUUAGAUAAAGUAGUUCACCAUCAUGAUCUGUGCUGAAAGCAAAUCUGAUCUAUUCCAUUUAAGUCAUUAGGACUUGCCUGACUCUAGGAGAUGUAUCUGUUUCGCCUCAGACUUCCAUUUAUGAUAGAAUUAUUUCUUCUACUUGAUGCAUUUUGUCUUCUAAAACGUGUUUUAUUCAGCUCCUAUAUAUUUGAUCUAUUUGUACAAAUGUUUGGCAACAUGCAUGUACCUUCUUCUCAUUUUAGAAGGCUAUUGUAUUAUUUAUGUGCAGUUUUCUGAAUAUAUAAUUUGUGUUCAUUUGGAAAGCCUUUUCAAUCAUUGAGCAGGAAUGCUGUAUUCAUAUUACCGGUAGUUAGUUAUAGUUACAGCACCCACAACUCAAGUUUUUGCUAUUAUACUAGAGCGCUUUAGUAGUUACAGCACCCACAACUCACCUGUUGCAACUAUACUAGAGCGCAUUAGUACUUACAGUGCUUAAGUAGUUACAGCACCCACAACUCAAGUUUUUGCUAUUAUACUAGAGCGCUUUAGUAGUUACAGCACCCACAACUCAAGCUAUUGCAACUAUACUAAAGCGCAUUAGUACUUACAGUGCUUAAGUAGUUACAGCACCCACAACUCAAGUUUUUGCGACUAUACUAGAGCGCUUUAGUAGUUACAGCACCCACAACUCAAGUUUUUGCGACUAUACUAGAGCGCUUUAGUAGUUACAGCACCCACAACUCAAGUUUUUGCGACUAUACUAGAGCGCUUUAGUAGUUACAGCACCCACAACUCAAGUUUUUGCGACUAUACUAGAGCGCUUUAGUAGUUACAGCACCCACAACUCAAGUUUUUGCGACUAUACUAGAGCGCUUUAGUAGUUACAGCACCCACAACUCAAGUUUUUGCGAUUAUACUAGAGCGCUUUAGUAGUUACAGCACCCACAACUUAGGCUAUUGAGACUAUGCUAGAGCGCUUUAGUUAUUACAGUGCUUUAAUAGUUACAGCACCCACAAAUCAAGUUAUCCAGAUUUUACUAGAGUGCUUUAGUAGUUACAGCACCUACAACUCAAGCUAUUGAGACAAUACUAGAGUGCUUUAGGGCGAGUGAAUAGUUUCAUUCCCGAGGGUUGGAGGUGAUGUAACUGUUUUGUACCAUCAUGUCAAGGAUAACGUUCAAUAGGUAAUAUGCAGUUUAAGUGAAUCGUGCUGUUAUUUAUCCACACAGCAGUUAUUGAAUGGUAAUGCCCAUUCUACUUGUAACCGUCCCGAUAUGUAUGAUAAUGUGUGGACGAAAUAAAGAAAACACUCACAAGGUGUUACAAGAACUGAUGUAUAAUGAACGGCAUACACUAACAAAUCAUGCAGAUGAAUUUAGCAUGUGAGAGUCAUUAUAACGAUUGUUUAAGGAUUUUGUAGACAUAUUAAUAAAUCUAAUCCUAAUGUUAUUGUUGUUUAAAUAAAACUUAGUAAAGCUUAUGUCAUAAGUGUUAAAUUUAAUGGCUGAAUCAAUUUGUGUUACUUUUAUAAUGGCUAAAACAAUAUGUGUUACCUUUUUGAUACUAGAGUAACUAUGUUCUGUAAUUUUGAUAAGUGUGCAUUUUUAUAUAUAUUGAUUAUACCCAUGUUCAUGUACAUGAAAGGUACAAUAAUGAUUUUGUUGUUGUACAUUACAUUUAGAUUUACAAUUAUUUAUUUCAUCUUUUCAUCGAAGCCCAUUCCCUGAGUAAACUGCAGAAAACAUAUCUCCAUUUUAUAUAAGCUUUUUUUUAGGUCCAUAUUUAGUGUAUAUCGCAACAAACAGCUCCCUUUAAGACUACCAAUGUGUGGAGACAGUCUUGAUAGUUAAGCCCAUGAAGAUAUCAGUGGCGAGCGAUCCUGUUCACAGCAAACUCAGCAAUGACAUUAUCCAGGAGUAUCAAUGUUAUGAUGCCCAAGAUUUAAUGGGUCUUAUUGUGGCCUCGCACUCUGGUCAUCAAUACUGAUUGCACCCAUUUAAAGUUAAAAAAUACUGACCGAUAAUUUUUUUAACGAUGUUCCAGUCAAGCGCAUAUCAAAUGCUUUAUAUGGUAUUUUACUUGGGCUAUGCCUUUUCGCCUGUCCCUUGUCAGUUGCUGAUGGUUUGUUUCUCAGUCGGGCAUAUGUCAGAUGCUUAUGGUCUCUAACUUAUGACAUGCCAGGUGCUUAUGGUCUUGUAAGUUUGGGCAUGCCAGAUGCUUAUGGUCUCGUAAGUUUGGGCAUGUCAGGUGCUUAUGGUCUUGUAAGUUUUGGACAUGCCAGAUGCUUAUGGUCUCGUAAGUUAGGACAUGCCAGGUGCUUAUGGUCUUGUAAGUUUGGGCAUGUCAGAUGCUUAUGGUCUCUAACUUAUGACUUGCCAGGUGCUUAUGGUCUCUAACUUAUGACAUGCCAGGUGCUUAUGGUCUCUAACUUAUGACAUGCCAGGUGCUUAUGGUCUUGUAAGUUUGGACAUGCCAGAUGCUUAUGGUCUCGUAAGUUUGGGCAUGCCAGAUGCUUAUGGUCUCGUAAGAUCGGGCAUGCUAGAUGAUUAUGUUCUCGUAAGUUGGGCAUCCCAAAUGCUUAUGGUCUCGUAAGUUUGGGCAAGUCUGAUGCAGAUGCUUAUGGUGUCGUAAGUUCGGGCAUGCCAGAUGAUAAAAAUCUUUGUAUUUAAAACUUCACUCUAGUUGUAACAGCUCAUUUUAAUGGGCACCCGACUUCCUGCCAGGAGCAGCCUGUAGUUAACAAUAUAUUGAUAGCACAAAUUGUACCCUCCUUGCAAUGGAUAUUUCUACUAUUACGAUAUUCAGAUUCUUCCUUAUCGAUAAAUACUGGUUUAUUUCAAAAUCUGACUGGGUAACAAGUAAACAUAAGCUAUAUUGUGUUCAUAUAUUCGUUUAUUUGGGGUAAUAAGAAUUUUCUAUUGUGUAAUGUUAACAGUCAAUGUCGUGUUCACAUUUUUUUACUCAUAGAAAGACAGUACAUAAGUGAUAUGGAAGGACAAAUUGACCCUAUGGCAAAACAAAUACAAGAAUAACCAAGCUCUAGAAUUCAUGAGACAUGAUAUUUUGCUGACAAAAGAUUGUUAUUUUCUUGUUGUUGUGCUUGGUUUUAUCCAGUCUAGGCUAAGGUUAAUACUGUGAGGAAGAUCUCUUUGUUAAUUACAAGAUAUGAUUUUGAUUUGAUCUUAAGUUCUUUUCUGAUAGACCCCUUCCUUCAUUUUAUUGUAUUGCUAUUGAAAUCAAGGAUUUUCUGGUUGGUUUGCUUUGUUUAAUCUGGACUUGUCUGUGGUCAUUUCUGUGAGGAAGAUCAAGCAUAACUUGGUACACUUGUAUGCUUUUUUGUUAUAAAAGUCAACUAAUUAUAUGUUCCAUGUGAAGGAAGUUAACUUACUCUUUAUUUUACUGCAACUUGGUAAUAGUAACAUAACUUAUUUUUGUUCAUAAUUGUAUGUUGUGAUCUGACAUCAGAAAAUCAUGUAUGGUUAUUAUGAUUUAUACACCUAUGUUACAUCACUAUUUGUUAUCUUUGUUUUGCUAUUUAGCAAUGUAAUAAUAAAGUCAUGAAAUUA